AUAUACAAUAAAUAAUAAUACAAAAUAAAAUGUUUUAUUCAAUAUUUACAGAAAAUGGACAGUUGGGAAAAAGAUCAGGCUAGGCUGCUGAAGAUUGUUGAGGAAAUGAAUAGUGGAUCAAGCAACAGUGAGUCUGAAUCUGAUGCUGACAGUGCUGAAAAUAACAAUUCGGAUAGUGAAGAUGAUGAAUCAACUACAGAUGAGGAAUAUGAAGCACCAGAAGAACCAGAAAAUGAUGAGACAUGGCAUACGAUAUAGAAGAAAAUGUUUCUCCAAUUCAGGUUUUUGAAAAAAUAUGGGAUGACCAAGUAAUGGAAAUGAUUAUAAAAUCUACGAAUGAUUACGGCAUAAAACUUUGCAAUCAAGCACGGCCACAUACAAGGCAUAGUAGAAAGGCAAAUUUCAAAAAUACUGAUAUGAUCGAAAUGAGAAAGUUUUUAGGUUUGGGUUUGCUUCAGUCCCAGCUAAAAUUCUCCAGCAUUAGAAAACUCUUUUCCAUUGAUGCAUUACAUUACCACCCAGCAUUUCCGUCACAAAUGUCUGGAAGGAGGUUUGAGCAAAUAUUGAGGUGUUUUUGUGUUGAGGAAGAAAAUUCAAGCGACCCUUUGAGGAAAAUAAAAAUAUUUCUUGAUUUGCUCAUACAAAAGUUUGCGAAUGCAUAUGCACCAAAUGAAGCAUUAUCAUUAGAUGAAUCGUUGUUAUUAUUUCGAGCCAAAAUCAGACUUAUGUGUCCAAAUGGAAAGAUAAACGGGAUGUGCUAUGUCUAACAACAGCUUACCACCCAAGCAUGAUAAACACAGCUAACCGGCGACAACAGGAAAAGAGAAAACAAACAUCAUAUUGCUGCAAGAAUUGCAUGUCAAAACCUGCACUGUGUCCUGCACCAUGCUUUGAAACAUGGCAUACCGAAAAUAAUGUAUAAUAAUUAUAAAAUUAUAAUAAAUUUUUUUGUCAUUUAUUUAUUUUUGUUUGAUUAAGAACUAACAUUUCGUGUAAAACUCCCAAAAAUACUUUGUUGCAUACAAAAAUUGCUUGUUUGAACCAUUAAACCUGUCAUUUACGUUUUUAAAUUUUUGCUGUUAUAGCCGCCAUCGUCCUAUCACUUAGUGUAUAGAGUCCGCUGGCGCCAUGACGGUUAUAGCCGCAACCUAAUUAAAGGUACUAAAUUAAUCAAAAUUAAGUUUAUUUAAGCAGAAAGAGUAAAACUAUACUUCUAACAUUCUAAAAAUCACAAAAACAUAUAGUGUCAAUUUUCGAACUUCGCUUGUUCCUACUGUCCGUCAACGUGUUA